CAGGGAGUGAUCAACAACUCCGUGCUGGGCUACUUCAUCGGAAGAAUCUACCUGUAUCUGAUGAAAGUGGGGCUCUCCAAGGAUAAAGUGCGUUUCCGUCAGCACAUGGACAACGAGAUGGCUCAUUACGCCUGUGACUGCUGGGAUGCUGAGUCCAAAACCUCCUAUGGAUGGAUUGAGAUCGUGGGCUGUGCUGAUCGCUCCUGUUACGACCUUUCAUGUCACUCCAGAGCCACCAAAGUCCCUCUAGUGGCAGAAAAGCCACUGAAAGAGCCCAAAACAGUAAACGUUGUCCAGUUUGAGCCCAACAAAGGAGCCAUAGGAAUGGCCUACAAGAAAGAUGCCAAGUUGGCUCUGGAGUACCUGGCUGUGUGUGAUGAAUGCUACAUCAGUGAUCAGGAGAAGCUUCUCAGUGAAACAGGAGAGUUCAGCUUUGAGACGGAGGGAAAAACCUUCAGACUGACCAAAGACAUGGUCAGCGUGAAGAGGUUCCAGAAAACUCUGCAUGUGGAGGAGAUUGUUCCCAACGUAAUCGAGCCCUCGUUUGGCAUCGGCAGAAUCAUGUACUCCAUCUUCGAGCACUCAUUCCGCGUCCGGCAGGGGGAUGAACAGAGGACGUAUUUCAGCUUCCCUGCCACUGUGGCUCCGUACAAAUGUUCCAUCCUGCCUUUGAGCCAGAACCAGGACUUUGUGCCAUUUGUCCACCAGUUAUCCGAGGCCAUGACCAGACUUGGCGUGUCUCACAAGGUGGACGACUCCUCCGGAUCCAUCGGGAGGCGCUACGCCCGGUCGGACGAGAUCGGAGUGGCGUUUGGCAUCACGGUCGACUUCGACACAGUGAACAAGACGCCUCACACAGCCACCCUGAGAGACCGAGACUCUAUGAGGCAAAUCAGGGCCGAGGUUGCUGAGCUGCCUGGAAUUGUUGGAGAUCUGGCUAACGGCUCCUUGACGUGGGCUGAAGUGGAGAGAAAAUAUCCCAUUUUUGAAGGACAGGAGACCAGCAGGAAGGAGUAACUAGACUGAGACUCUUCUACAAACAGGGGCAACAUUGUCAACAAAGAUUUGAUAUUCAACUGUGGACAUUUCUGAAGACAUUAUGAAUUUAAUGAUUUUAUAAACUGGCAAAUGCUGUAUAUGAAGAUAAAUAUAGGCCUUAUCAUUUGACGGUAUUCAUAAUUAAUAGAUUCCAGGGACUGUAUGUUUGUCUGUAGGUCUGUUCAAACAUAAUACACAGAUGAAGCGCUGCCUGAGGAUUUAAAUGUGCCACAUGGACUGCUCAUGCAACAUGCUGUAGUCCCCACAGGCCUCCUACCUCCAACUGUGUCACCUGAGCAACUGUCUUAACACCUCCCAGUGGACAAGUAUACUGUGACAGCAGAGAAAACAUACAGCCUUGUAUGGAUCUGUGUUUCCUGCAUUUUUUUUAUACUGUAACCUUUGGUCGACCUUGUCAAAUAAAUCACAUACUGGACGGCACUUU